AUGGCGUCCGCUGAGAUCCACGACCUGUACGACUCGAUCCUCAUCCUCGACUUUGGAUCGCAGUACUCGCACCUCAUCACCCGCCGAUGCCGUGAGCUCGGCGUGUACUGCGAGAUGCUGCCGUGCACCCAGAAGAUGGCCGACCUGUCCUGGAAGCCUACCGGUAUCAUCCUCUCUGGCUCGCCUUACUCGGUGUACGCUCCCGACGCCCCUCACGUCGACCCCGCCGUGUUCGAGGCCGGUGUCCCCGUCCUUGGUAUCUGCUACGGUCUCCAGGAGAUUGCCAAGACCUUUGGCGGCAACGUCGAGCCCCACUCGCACCGCGAGUACGGCCACGCCCAGAUCCAGAUUGUCAAGACUGGUGUCGCCCACGCCGACGCUCUCUUCGAGGGCAUCCAGCACGGCCCCGAGGGCCUCCAGGUCUGGAUGUCGCACGGCGACCAGCUCACCUCGCUCCCUCCCAACUUUAUGACUGUGGCCCACACCCCUACUUCGCCCUUCACUGCCAUUGCCCACGAGUCGCGCCCCAUCUACGGUGUCCAGUUCCACCCCGAGGUCACCCACUCGCCCCGCGGCAAGGAGGUCAUUGGCUCGUUUGUCAAGAACAUUUGCGGUGUCCGUGACGGCUGGAGCAUGGACACGUUCAUCCCCAAGGAGAUUGCGCGUAUCCGUGAGAUCUGUGGCGACAAGGGCCAGGUUAUCGGUGCCGUUUCCGGUGGUGUAGACUCGACCGUCGCCGCCAAGCUCAUGCACGAGGCUAUCGGCGACCGCUUCCACGCCAUCAUGGUCGACAACGGUGUCCUCCGUCUUGACGAGGCCAAGAAGGUCAAGAAGAUGUUGACCGAGGACCUCGGCGUCAACCUUACCGUCGUCGACGCUUCGGACCUCUUCCUCGGCCGUCUUGCCGGCGUCGAGGACCCCGAGCAGAAGCGCAAGAUCAUCGGCAACACCUUCAUCGAGGUGUUUGAGGAGAAGGCCGCCGAGAUUGAGAAGGAGUGCGCCGCCGACUCGUCCAAGGGCCCCAUCGAGUGGCUCCUCCAGGGCACCCUCUACCCCGAUGUCAUCGAGUCCAUCUCGUUCAAGGGUCCCUCGGCCGUCAUCAAGUCGCACCACAACGUCGGCGGUCUCCUCGAGGACAUGAAGCUCAAGCUCAUCGAGCCCCUCCGCGAGCUCUUCAAGGACGAGGUCCGCGCCCUCGGCCGUCUCCUCGACAUCCCCGCCCACCUUGUCGGCCGCCACCCCUUCCCCGGCCCCGGUCUCGCCAUCCGUAUCCUCGGCGAGGUCACCCGCGAGCAGGUCGCCAUCCUCCAGCACGCCGACGAGAUUUACAUUGCCGAGAUCCGCGCCGCCGGUCUCUACGACCAGAUCUCGCAGGCCUUCGCCGCCCUCCUCCCCGUCCGUGCCGUCGGUGUCAUGGGCGACGCACGUACCUACGACCAGGUCAUUGCCCUCCGUGCCGUCUCCACCGAGGACUUUAUGACUGCCGACUGGUUCGAGUUCCCCGCCUCGGUCCUCAAGAAGAUCUCGUCCAGGAUCACCAACGAGGUCCGCGGCAUCAACCGUGUCGUUUACGACAUCACCUCCAAGCCCCCUGGAACCGUCGAGUGGCUGUAG